AUGGUCCUUCUCAAAUCAGACAAAAUCAAACUCACCAUUCUCUCAGCCAAUAACCUUCGUUCCAUGGAUCGAAAUGGAUUCUCAGAUCCAUACACAAAGAUUUUCAUCAUUCCUGAACAAAAUGUUGAAUUUAAAACAAGGAAAAUUAAGAAAACUUUAAAUCCAGUUUGGAAUGAACAAUUUACAUUUUCACCAACUGCUCAUUAUUGUCAGGUUUCUUGUUAUUUAUACGAUUGGGAUAUGAUUGGAAAGGAUGAUGUGUUGGGGAUGGUCAAUUUUGAAAUUUCAGAAGAAAGGUUUCGGAUAAAUCAAGAACAUACAAUUACAAAGAAUGUGGAUGAUCAGGAGGAUGGAAAAUAUGGAACUGUCACUUUUAAAUUUACCAUUGAAAGAUCCCAACAAGAAAUUGACAAGUGGCACGAUUUGAAACUUCCAGCCAAUUACAAAUUUGUAAUGGAUUCAGAUCCAACUUUUAAAGCAGCAAUUCCAUACUAUUUCGAAUACAUUCCAGACCAGCUCACAAGUGAGAAACUCAAAAAUCUAGUUGGCUGCACCAAAAUGGAGUUUAAAUACAUGGAAAAUGUCUUUACAAUUAUGAGAUCGCAACACAACAAGUCAAUUGAGGAAAUUCUACUCAUGCACACAAGACCUUUCGAAAAUUCGACCAAGUCAGACGAAAUUAUUUGUAGAAAGUGUGAUCACUUUACCAAAGGUGAUAUUUUGAUGGGAAAAUUCAAACAAGUUGUCAUUGCUGAUUAUUAUGUUGGAUAUGGAAAGGACACGAAUGGACACGACGUGUUUUCAUUGAGUUUCUUUAUGGUUGGAAUGUUGGAAGAGGGUCUCUAUGAAAUUUAUCAUUAUUGCAGGGAGGAGGGAAGUCAUGAGAGUGAGGAGUUGAAUAUUGAGGAAGAUGUCCUGAUUAAUAAUGUGAUACAAUAUACACAGAUGAGGAAAUUCAUUUCCAAAAAGUCGUGUUUGCCUUAA